UAACUUGCAUUGUUUAUUUUAUUUCUAUUAUAUUCAUUUAUAUUCUAGCAUGUACGAAAUAUAUAAAUAGAAAUACUAGUACAAUCAUAAAUACAGAGUACAGAAAAAAACAUUGACACUGAAUUCGUAACCAUGGCAACGAUUUCAUCAACAAACGUGCUCCAUUAAGAAACUCCUGAAUAGAUGUUUAUUAUUGCAACGCAACAUGAGUGUGUGGAGUUGACACAGAAAUUCAAAAAUAUUUAUUUAUGGAAAAUAUUUAAAUAAUGGUGUAAGAGUCUAAUAAUUCGGAUUUGUUUUUAUUCAUUAUUAAUUUAUGUUAAGUUAUUUUAUUGUUUGGAAAUGGGUUGCCAAAGGGUUUAAAAAAAAAGUGUGUUAAUUUUCAUUAAGUAUCCAAAUUUAAUUAAUGUGUAAAUAUUAUUACAACAUGGAGGAAAGUUCAGAUGAAAUUCUUAAAUCUUCUAACUUAUCUAAGGAUGAAAAAAAAAUCCCAUCAUGGUUGGCGGAAAUGACAGAAAAUGCAAGAAAGCUAGAUGAUGAACCAUUUAAAUCACUACCUGUCGAAAUGGUAAUACCAGGUUCCCCAAUAAUGAUGAAAAGUAAAUUCAGAAAAAAAAGUGGUCGAAGAGCCAAGACCUAUGAUAAAGAUAAAUUUGAUUUUGAUGAAAAAGAGAAAGAAUAUGAGGAAGAGAUGAAAAAAGAAGUUACCGCUAGAAUAAAAGGAAGCAAUUGCAUAUCAGCAUCUUUAUUAGAAAAACGGAGCAAGUUUAACAGUUCAUUGCAAUUUGAUUUUUUGUCUUCAGACAAGAGUUCAGAUGAAUUUAGUACACGAUUGGAAGAUGAUUUAUUAAUGAAACACAAUCAAGAAUCUUCUUCUUUAGUAUCUGAAAAAAGGAAGUCGAGCAUUGAUUUCUUUUUAUCUGAUGAAAUGAAGAAAUUAAGCUUAGAUUCAUUAGAGACAGAAAUACAAAAAUCAAGUUAUCCGUCUAGUGAAAAAAUUGAUGAUUUUUUCAAUUCGCCAAGAAAUAGUAUACGAGAACCUAGUGAUUUUAUAGUUCCAGAAUUACCAUUUGGUCAACGUUUAGUAAUAGAUAUUUUAUCUACAUGGGGUGACAAAGAAUUUGUUGGUCUUAACGGUAUUGAAAUUUUCUCUUCAACUGGAGAACCACCAUCAAUUUCAACGAUUUCUUACACUUCAAAUAGCUCUAAAGGAAAUUUUUUAUCCAGUUCGAGAAAUUAUUCUAUUAAUAAUUUGAUAAAUGGAGUUUACCGAACUAAAAAUGAUUCAGACAUGUGGUUAGUUCCAUUCGUAAAUGGAAAUCAUCAUUAUAUUUCUAUGGUCUUUUCAAAAAAUAUUUAUAUUGGUUUAAUUCGAAUCUGGAAUUAUAAUAAAUCACGAAUUCAUUCAUGUCGAGGUGCCAAAAGAAUUGUAAUGAAAUUAGAUAAUAUAGUAAUUUUUGAUGGUGAUAUUGCCAAAGCCUCUGGAGAUAUUUCAGCAGAUAUCAAUUCUUACGGUGAUACGAUUUUGUUUACGACUGAUGAAAAAAUUUUAGAAUCAAUUUUAAAGUACGAUAAGACAUUUAAUGAAUUAUUGAACGAAGAAACCAAUAAUGAUCAAAGAGAAAUAGAUAGGCCAAUAACUGGUGACUCCGAUAAAAAUAACGAACUACACAUUAGUCAAUGCAUCAAUGAUAAUCAAUCUUAUAGUGGAAGUAGUGAUAAAAAUAUGUCCAUCUCAUGUAAAGAAAUUAAAUUAUUUUUAUUAAGUAAUUGGGGUUCUUUUGAGAUAAUUGGAUUAAAUGGGAUUGAGCUAAUAGGUGAUCAUGGUACGAAAAUUGCCAGAUCACAAAUUUCUUUGACCAGCAAUGUAAACGAUGAAGAAGUUCAACGUCUUAUUGAUGGAAAUUUUUUGACCACUGAUCCAAACUUGAUGUGGAAAACUGAUAUUAAUUAUCAAACUAUUCCAACAAUUACUAUUAAAUUUGAUUCAAAAGUAUUUGUUAUGGGAAUAAUAUUUUGGAACUUUAAUUCUUCUCUCGAAGGUUCUUAUGGAGGAGUAAAACAACUUGGUAUUGAAAUAGAUGGAGAAAAUAUUUUUGAAGAUAAUACGAAAACUUAUAUUUUAAGAAGAGCACCAGGAUCAUGUCAUUACGAUUUUUCUCAACGAAUAACUUUUACUGAUAUGCCAAGUGAUGCAAAAUAUAAUGCCAAUUUCAGUUGCAGUACGCUACCAUCAGAGUUAGCAACUUCUAAAGAAGCUUCUACCAAAUUAUGGAGAGAUGCACUCAAUAGUGAGGAUUACGAAUCACCACUAAUCCCUCAAGGCUUCGUAUAUCAGUUUGUAAUAUUCUCAACUUGGGGAGACCCUUAUUAUGUUGGUUUAAAUGGUAUUGAAUUAUUUGACGAAAACAAUGAACCAAUACGAUUAAUGAAAAAAAAUAUUGCUGCUUAUCCUGAGAGCGUAAAUGUGAUAGAAGGAAUAGAGAAUGAUAUUAGAACACCUGAUAAAUUAGUUGAUGGAGUUAAUGAUUGCAUUGAUGGCUCACAUUCAUGGCUUGCUCCAAUUUUACCGAAACAACUUAAUCGCGUUUAUGUCGUUUUUGAUUAUCCAGUAACCAUUUCGAUGAUAAAAAUCUGGAAUUAUAUGAAAACACGUGAAAGAAAAGUUAAAGAAUUCGGUAUUCUCGUAGAUGACUUAUUGGUAUACAAUGGAAUUUUACCAGAGGAAGGUAUUUGUGGUAUUGUCUAUUUUGCCACUAGGGAUCAAAAAGAAACUUACGACCAAUCUAGAGAAAGUACAAUGUCUAAUCAAGAAAUUUGCCUGCUAAAUGUAGAGAAGAUUCCUAAACAGCAAAAGAUAUCUCCUGAUCCUCUAUUACGACCAUACACUUCUAUGCUGCCAAACAGUUUAACAGUUUCAAAAUAAAAUUGUUUAGUACUUAAAAAUAAUAAAAAAUUAUUAUAGAUUUCAGCUACUUUACA